AUGUUAAGGACUUUUUCAGCUCUCGAAAGGGGGCUCAGCAUGCGAAAACUCCUCCUGAGAUUUAAAAAAAAAUGUAAAGACGCCCCAUCUCAGCCGAGCACAAGCAAAAAGAGGUUGGAUGAGGAUGAAUCUCGCAGCCAAAGGCCGAGUAGGAGGCCUGAAAGUCGAUUCAGCUCAUAUACUCCUCUCAACUCAUCUCUGGAGCAGAUCCUCUUGGAGAUUCAAGACAAGAAGCUAUUAAUAUGGCCAAGCUGCAUGAAAACAGAUGCAGGCCAACGGGACAAGCGCAAAUACUGUCGCUUUCACCGUGACCAUGGAUACAACACCAUUGACUUUGUCAACCUAAAAGCAGAAAUCGAAAAUCUCAUUCCUAAGGGACACUUGCGUCAAUACAUAAAGGAAGAAAAACAGGCUCGGAAGGAUGAGCAGCUAAGCAGAGCAGCGGACGAUGGCACCGAGAUCCGGACAAUAUAUGGGGGGCCCUCCAAAGGUGGGGAUUCAAACCAAGCCCGAAAGGCUCAUGCUCGUAGUACUGACCCCGAGCACUACAUUCAUUUAACUGACAAGUCGAGCAAGGAACCUCAGAUGAGUCCAUGCAGCCUGACAUUUAUAGAGGAUGACGCGCGCGGAAUUCAACAUCCCCACGAUGACGCCCUGGUAGUCACCAUGAUGAUAGCUAAUUGGAAGGUGUAUCGCAUCCUAGUCGACACAAGGAGCUCAGCCGACAUCCUAUACUCCGAGGCAUUCGAUAAGAUGGGCAUCAAUAGGUUGUGCCUCUGA